AUGAACGUGGGGACGGCGCACAGCGAGGUGAACCCCAACACGCGCGUGAUGAACAGCCGUGGCAUCUGGCUGUCCUACGUGCUGGGCAUCGGCCUCCUGCACGUCGUGCUGCUCAGCAUCCCCUUCUUCAGCGUGCCCGUGGUCUGGACCCUCACCAACAUCAUCCACAACAUGAGCAUGUACAUCUUCCUGCACACGGUGAAAGGAACUCCCUUCGAGACCCCUGACCAGGGCAAGGCUCGGCUGCUCACCCACUGGGAGCAGAUGGACUACGGAGUGCAGUUCACAGCCUCCCGCAAGUUCCUCACCAUCAUGCCCAUCGUCCUGUAUUUCCUAACCAGCUUCUAUACCAAGUACGACCGGAUACACUUCAUCAUCAACACCAUCUCCCUGAUGAGCGUCCUGAUCCCCAAACUGCCUCAGCUCCACGGGGUGAGGAUCUUUGGCAUCAACAAGUACUGAGCCCGAGCGGCCGAGGGGCACUGGAAUUCCUCCUCUCCAGCCCUUUGCCUCCCCCCACACGGACUGGGAUGUGAUUUCCCAGUGGCUGUUCAGGCAGAUCCCA